AUGGCGGAUCCUUCCACACGGCACUGGCCUUCCAGCCUGCCCAAGGCCCAGAAACGGAAGAAGCAACCCAAGGGAGCAGCGGGGCCGAGGGUUCCCCCGGCAGAGGAGGAGGAUCCCAGGGUGAAGUGCAAAGACUGCGGAGCCUUUGGGCACCAUGCGAGAAGCCUGAGGUGCCCCAUGAAGCGUUGGCACGGGGCCCUUGCCCCCCAGCCCUUGGGCUCCAGAAAGCUGAAGGAGAACCUGGAACCAUGGCCUCAGCAGGUCCCGCCCAUCCCGCGGCCCUCCAGCCAGGCGGAGAGAGAGAGGGAGCAAAGACAAAGGCAAGACGAGCAGCGGAGGAAGGCUCUGGUGCAGAGGUUUCCCAGGAGACCCCAAGGGAGGCAGCAGCCGAGCUGGAAGGAAGGGACAGAGUCCUGUGACUACGUGAGGCAUGCAAACAGGCCGCUGCCGGUCCACACAACCAAGAGGGAAACCGAGCCGGGCCUCGAGCUCCCGUGGAGGCUGCCUGUGAGGACACCCGACAGGAUGUCCACCGGCCGUGCAGGGUCUGCCAUCCAAAGUCCUGGAGUGAGCCUCUUCUCCCCUGGAGGACUUGAGCAUGGAAGGGAAGUUUCUGUCCCUCCAAGCCCUCCCCGAGUGUCCCCACAUUGGGCCCAGGACCCUACUGUCAUGGUCCAGCUAAGAGACGAGACGCCCAGUUGGUUGUGCCCAGAAGAACCCCAGGCCGCCUGCAAGACGCAAGGCCUGGGCCACACCCCCGACACCCAGGCACAAGCCUGGUCUCUGGAUGUCCAGUCACAACCAUGCCAACAGCCUGCUGCCCAUCUUUGGGACCGGCACUGCAAAAUCAGCAUCCAGGCAGCAGGCAAGAGAGGUUCUCGGCUCCCCAUUCACACUGGCCAGAACCUCCCAAAGAAACCGAGACUCAGUCGCUGCCAGAGCCCCCAGAGGAGCCCUCAGAGACCACAUCAGGGUCUUGUCCAGACUCUCCAGCCUCCCCCAUGUUCAGCGGAUGAGGCACCCCAAGUCGCCACGAAGGCUCCUCCCGACCUGCAAGGCAGUGGCCUCCAGCCUGGCCACAACACGCCUCCCCUGAGCGCUGUGCAGCCCUGCACAAUGCCCCAUCGUCCACCACUGCACCACGUUCCAGGCCAGCCCCUCAGAAUGCUCUUCACAAGAUCUGACAAGGGCUGGUGGAGCUCCAGGUUCCUGACAGCUCCCUCCUUCCAUCCUGCUGAGAAGACAAGCCGUCCUGUGGAAAGCCCUCCCAUCUUACAGAAGUCCGAGGGACAGUGUUCCCGGGUCCCACCGAGUGUCCUCUACGAGGACCUUCAGGUUUCCUCUUCCUCUGAAGAGAGCGUUUGGGAGGGAGACGCCUCAGGGCCAUGAAGCCUUGUCCUCUGGCCCCAGCAGACCUGGAGGGGACUGUUGAGUCAGGAGGACGAGUCCCAGGGAGCAGCCUAUUGCUCGGGAAGCAGCCACUCCCCAGAGCUGCUGGCUGCACAGAUUCUGCAAACCCAUAUGAUCCUUGGGGACACGCAGGCCAGUGCUACCUGCUUUCCUUAUGGUAGCAGAAGGCGCCUUCCCCAGGGGACUUCUCACACUGGAAUGAGAAGUUGCUUUCGAUUGAAAUCCAUUGGAUCCCAUGGAGUCCAAUCGCGGGCUGACUUUGAACUAGAGGAGAAUGGGAAACUAGCAAUUGAGUCUGUUUCUCUGCCAAUUUUGUAAUUUGGGGAAAAUGGGAAAAGAUUUCAAAGCCGUGCUUUGCAGUCUUUAAACUGUUGCCUGUCCUGGGAUGAGAUGCCUUGACUCUGUGGGUUGAUUUCGGUGCCAAUUCUGAUGGGGACUAUUCUCAUGGCUUUGUUCAUUUUCGUGCCCAAAUGUCCUGUGUAAGUUGUGUUUUCAAA